AUGGCGACAAUAGCGCCUUCACGCCUCGCGGCGCUCACCCGCCUGCGAUGCAGCAUCUUCCAAACAUCAUACAACCCCACAUCCGCCCGCACCGGCGCGAAAUACCUUCGGCGACGCCUCAUCGGGCCUGCUCUCCUCAAAUAUUACCCGGAGGAACUCGAUAUUCCCCAGGCAUUGCGGGAGUUCCGCGAACUUAAAGUUAUGAACGAGGCAGAGGAACAGAGGCUUAUGGACGUCGAGGACCGGAAAGCAAGGGGAAAGGGCGCACCGAAGAAAGUCAGCAGCAAGGAGGACAGUCGACGCGCGAAAAGGAGAAAAUAG